AUGACCAGCGCCGAGAGGGAGGUAGUAAAGAAACGUAGGAAGAAACAACUCGAAAAAUUUCGCGACAGAGUAUCCCUGCAGUCUGACCCCCUGCUAUUGGUGAGCGGCUCCUGUCCGCUGAGUUAUCCCUCGAUGGGACUACAGGUCGUGCCGGGGGAAGCUAUCGGCAUACCGGGUAUUUCCGUGGACGACAACGUUGGCAGACAGCACUAUAAGGUGGAGUUUUCGGCAGAGUUCGGAAUGCUGGACAUCGCCGCGGAAGUUCCCGAAGUUGAAAUCGGCGGACGUCGGACCCACUCUCUAGCGAUGGAGAGCUCGUCUCUGGUUCAUCUGAACCGUCAGCUGGACUUUCUGAUCUACAUCAACAUAGAGCCCGAACUAGGAAGGCUGGAUUUGGACGACAGUAUCGACCGGAAGGUGACGGUCGUCACCAAGACCUUCCUGAGGUACGAGUCAGUCCGGAACCUGAUCCGGAGUGUCCGGAAGUGCUACCCGACCAUCCGGAUUGUCGUGGCAGACGACAGCCGUCCUGUGGAGGAUCUCCAAGGAGACAACGUUGACCAUUACGUCAUGCCUUUCGGCGCCGGCUGGUUUGCUGGCCGGAACCUGGCGGUGUCACAGGUGAAAACUCCCUACCUACUCUGGGUGGAUGACGACUUCUUCUUCACUCCGAAAACCAAGCUAGAAAAACUCGCCGAUGUUCUGGACAAUGCUGACAUUGACAUAGUAUCUGGCUUGGUAGGCGACGUCGUUGUGAGCACGUUCAAACUCAACAUCCUGGAGGGAGACGAGGAAGGCGACUGUCUUGUCCAGACCUACGGCACAUACGGGACCUUGAAAGACUUCCCAGAAUGCCACAGGGUGGACAGGGUCACCAACUUCUUCCUGGGUCGAACGGACAAGGUCAGAGAGGUCGGGUUCGAUCCGGCCUUCUCACGGUUUGCUCAUACAGAGUUUUUCUUCGAGGGGCUCGGCAAGCUCAGGUCGGCCGCUUGUACCUUCGCACAAAUCGGCCACGACCAGACGACCAAUGACAAGUACAUCAAAUUUCGCGAACCCGGGGGAGAAUACCUAAAGUUCAUGGUCAACUACCAGUAUUUCAAAUACAACGUCAAGUGUUGGAAUAAAGAGGACGCCCCAUAAAGGUUUUCCUGAGACUACUGUAUAGCCU